AUGGCGCUCAAUUCUUCGAUCACUACCCCAAUAAUUGCACGAAAAUUUGGGCGCACAUUGGAAAGAAUCGAACAUCUUUCUGAUGCAUGUCUGAAAUAUCAAGAAUUCGGAAAGGUUGGAGUAAGCUGUCAGUUUCGACUUUCCAAAUCCAAGUGGGGUGUGUUGGGGGAUGCUGAAAAUCCAGCGGGGAUCAUAUAUAUGAGCCUUGGAUUCGAUCAACCAAAAGAUUGCAAGUUAUCAAAUGCCACAGUCUCAAUCACCUUGGAAGAAAACGACUGGGGAGAAGCUGGGGGGAAAAGAACCGCGAACAAAUCUUUCUCGAAUAGCCUUCAUAUUACCGAUCGAUAUGGUCCCAAGCAGCUUUCCGGGCCAGAGAGAAAAUUCUCAGUCACAAGGAAUAUUCAUAUGACUCCAAAUAUCAACGUUAUCGGCAAUGGAGCUGGCGGGGUCGGUCUGGACACAACCAAAGAAGUCGUUCUCAGUAGCAGAUGGAUUUUUGAUGGGAGGCUAAAGCCCGCAGUUCACCCAACCCAGAAAGGUCGACAUACGGCAGUAUAUAGGACGUUAGAGUGGGAGCUCACAGAGAGCGACUUCGAGCCACAGGCGGCCCAUAGCAAUAUGAUUCAUACUGCUUUUGCUUUUGAGCAUGAAGGCAAGCCCUUUUAUAUGGAGGUCAACGUCAAAGGGAAGCUGAAAAGUACAAAGAACAAAAUCUUGAGACAUCUGAGAUUUUCUUCGGACCAAGACAAAAGCAGAGGCUCCACCUCAACUUUUGUUCAUCUCCCGCGUGGGAAUCGCAACAGCGCGCGCCUCGAUGCCCUCGCCGAUAGGCUACCAGAAUCAAUGAAGAUGGAAAACUUGCAAGAAGUGCGGACAGAAGUGCCAGAUGCACUACCUGCAUCGAUCCUUAUGGGAGACAUUAAGGGAGCGGCGCCUGGAGAAGGAUUCGAUGCACCAAAUUUUGCGUUUGCACCAUCUACUGAAUCAAGGCCACCUACACUCAUUGCGAGUUCCACUGAACGAGUUACGGUUCCCUCCAUACCCAUGGACUCAAGGGUGUCCAACAUUGCUUUGACUGAUCCAACAUAUCCAUCCAUCGAAAAUCUUUCCAGGGUCCAUCUAGUUCUUGCAAACCCGCUUCAAGAUGGAAGCCAGACAUCCGAACAGCUUCCGAAAAACACAACGUUGACAACAUCAGACCCAGCAGCCGAUCCACAAGAUGGGUCACAAUCAGAGAAUGGGUCUUCCUGGUUUCGGUCGGAAAGUACUUUAGUCGAUGAGCGAGAUGCGGAACAGGUAGACGAUACGAAGCUGGCGAAGCAUAAGGAUAUCCAGGACAGCUUGCUCCUGCUGUCACAGUCGCCCUAUUUCCUGGUGCUCCUCCGUUUAAUAAUAGGGUUGAUGAUGAUGUUCGGAAAGAAACAGAAGCCACUUGAAAACCCCCCUUGUUCCGGCGAAGACAUCAAUAAUAUUAAGGAAGAUGGCAAGCUUAACCAAAACGAGGUGACACAAUUUCUUAGGGGAGGAAAUUAA